AGAGCAAUGUGCCUUUCACAGAGCUCUGAGCUUGAUGGGAAUGUUUGAUUAGCUCCUCUCUGAAAGAAAAAAGGUGUCCAGGCCUCCCUCUGCUGCCCGCCUCUCCUUCUCUAGAAUAAUGUUGGCUGGAGUUUGGGGUACAGAAAAGCUUGGAAAAAAACCCACUUUCAUACUGUGUGGAGAAAAGGAAUAAAAAGUUACACACCUCAAGCAAGUGUUCCUUAGCAACACAUCCAGAUUUUGCUUUACCCACCAUGAAGACCACAGUCAUUGCAACCUUCUUUGGUGUGUUUCUUACAUGUACAUACACAGCCAAGGAAGCCACAAAGAAGACAAAAAAGGCUAAGUUAUAUGUACCCCAGAUUGAUUGUGAUGUCAAGGCGGGGAAGAUAAUUAAUCCAGAAUUCAUUGCAAAAUGCCCUCCUGGAUGUCAAGAUGUAAAAUACCGUGUUUAUGGCACAGACAUUUAUGCUUCUUUUUCCAGUGUCUGCAAUGCUGCAAUUCACAGCGGUAUAAUUGACAACACAGGUGGGAAGAUCCUUGUCCAGAAAGUCGCCGGGCACUCUGGUUACCGCGGGAGCUUCUCCAAUGGUGUCCGGUCCCUGUCACUGCCACGCUGGAGGGAGUCCUUCCUCGUGUCAGAGGGCAAGCCAAGAAAAGGUGUGACAUAUCCAUCAACUCUUGAAUAUUCUUCUUCAAAAACUACAGCUGUUAAAUCAGAGCCUAAAAAAACAGAGCAAGACCUAAAAGGUAUGAAGAUUGCAGACACCUUUAACACAUCAGGAAAAGCAUCGGAUCAAGGGGACACAGUCCACAAAGAGUACCAGACAACUCCAGUGCCGACCCCAGCCACACAAAUGGCCACCACAACGCCCACACCGACGACCACGAUGACAGAUCCUUCCACCACAGUGCCACAGCUAACCACAACACCUGCAGCAGCCAGAACCACAGCAGCUCCAGCCAAGACUAGACCUGGACUGCACAGGGUCAGAGAUAUGGGUUCUAGCAGCGUCCACCCAGCGUACGCAUCUGUGGUAGCUGCAGCAGCAAGACAGGUUCAGGCUGCACAAGGAAGAGGACAGAAUACAGGUGCUCAGCGCCAAGAGCCUUUUGCCACCUUCCAGAGGGCUGCCAGCUCUCCAGUCCACCUGGCAAUGGAAAUAGACUCAUGGAAACCUGGACUGAGCCUUUUUGACACAGGCUUCAGUUCAAAGGAAGAAUUGAAUCCAAAGCCACUGGAAUCCACCUCCCAGGGGAAUCAGAAUUGCAAAGUUGAUUUGUCCUUCUUAAUGGAUGGGAGCUGGAGCAUUGGCAAACGCCGCUUUCAGCUCCAGAAGCGAUUCCUUGGUAACGUGGCUCAAGCCCUUGGCAUUGGCAGUGCUGGUCCUCUGAUGGGCAUUGUUCAGUAUGGUGAUGACCCUUCCACAGAAUUUAAUUUAAAAACUUAUGCCAACUCCAAGGAUCUAAGGAAUGCCAUUGAGAAAAUUCAACAGAAAGGGGGACUUUCCAAUGUUGGGAAGGCACUUUCAUUUGUUAACAAAAACUUCUUUUUGGAUGCUAAUGGAAACCGAGGUGGAGCACCCAAUGUGGUUGUAGUGAUUGUGGAUGGGUGGCCGACCGACCGAGUGGAAGAGGCCUCCAGGCUGGCCAGAGAAUCAGGGAUCAACAUUUUCUUUGUCACUGUUGAAGGAGCUGCUCAAAGUGAAAAGCAGAAUGUUAUUGAAGCAAACUUUGUGGACAAGGCAGUGUGCAGGACAAGUGGUUUCUAUUCCAUCAACGUGCCCAGCUGGUUCAGCCUCCACAAGGUGGUGCAGCCCUUGGUGAAGCGGGUGUGCGACACCGACCGGCUGGCUUGCAGCAAGACGUGCCUCAACGCCGCCGACAUCGGCUUCGUGAUCGAUGGCUCCAGCAGCGUCGGCACCGGCAACUUCCGCACGGUUCUCCAGUUUGUGGCCAACAUCAGCAAGGAGUUUGAGAUUUCGGACACCGACACGCGCAUCGGAGCUGUGCAGUACACCUACGAGCAGAGGCUGGAGUUCAGCUUUGACAAGUACAGCACGAAGCAGGACGUGCUGAACGCUAUCAAAAGGAUCAGCUACUGGAGUGGGGGCACCAGCACGGGGGCAGCCAUCAGCUACGCCUCAGAGCAGCUGUUCAGCAAGUCCAAACCCAACAAAAGGAAGAUCAUGAUUCUCAUCACAGAUGGCAGGUCUUACGAUGAUGUCAGCUUGCCAGCCAUGGCAGCUCACCAAAAUGGAGUCAUCGCUUAUUCCAUUGGAGUUGCUUGGGCAGCCCCAGAUGAACUGGAAGCCAUUGCAUCAGACCCUGCUAAGGAGCAUUCCUUCUUUGUGGAUGAAUUUGACAACCUCUACCGCUACGUUAAUCAGCUCAUUCAAAAUAUUUGCACAGAGUUUAAUUCCCAGCCACGGAACUGAUGGACUCAAGCAAGGCAGGACCCUUGGAUGCUGUGCUGAAGGCAUGUCAAGUGCCACAGAAAUAAUGCCAGUCCUCAGUUCAAGAAACACUGGAGGUGUUUCCCUCUGGGACUUCCCAGUCAGCAAGGUUCAUUGCAGCUCUGCCCCUAUG